AUGAAGAUAACCGUAGAAGGCAUCGAUCACCAGUUAUCUCCAGACUUAGAAAAAGAGUACGGAGGAGCAUUCAAAGCAGCAUGCGAGGCUAUGACCAAAACUCUCGAGAUCGUUCGCUCUCCUGGAUACUCCGAUCGCAGUUCAUGGAAAGCGGAUUGCAGCAGUGAGCGCGUCUCGAUUCACUAUAAAGACAUUGACGGACUGCGAUACUUUGCAGCAAAGGCCAAACUAGCAGUCAACGCGUCAGUUGUUUUUCAAGAACACUGCGAUAAUAUCGAAAAUGUGAAAGAUUUCAACGACAACAUGAGAUUUAGCAGAGUCUUGAAGAAGCUUACUAGGAACAUCGACGUGGCCAAUUAUGCAUCUAACGAAAAGUUCAUGGUGAAAAGUCGCGAGUUCGUCGUCGGUAGGAUGCAAAUGCAACUCGGCAAUGCUUUCGUGCUCGCUGCCAGAUCAUGUGAUCUAAAUGGAUUCCAAGGCUGUAAAGAUACUGUCAGGGGUUUUCUGCACCUUGGAGCUGGUUACUACUAUCCAGACCCAGAAGAUCCCGUGAACUCUUCCUUCUAUGAAUACCUCGUCAGCAUGGACCUGAAGGGAAUGAUGCUCAAGACCGUGGCUAAUCAGGCGCUUGGGAAGUUUGUUUUGAGCGACGUGGAAAGCAAUCGAGAACACGCGGCAAAACUCGCUGAGCGGCAUUUUUGAAGGAAUUUUUGUCAAGUGCAUGCAACAAUACGUGUGUUUUCUCAGGUCAAUUAGUUGGA